UCAGAGUAGCAGGGAAUGGGUUCAGCUCAUAGGUUCAGCUCAGCUUCAGUGACUCUGACACAGACAUGCACUGACAGCGUUAGCCGCGGUGUAUUCCUUGACGUGGACCAGGCAGUGUAGACGUAGUGUUUGUUUGUAACGUCGCAGUAGCUUAAAACAUUCAAAACAAAUGAUGCGUUUCAUGCUGCUUUUCAGCCGGCAGGGGAAGCUGCGCCUGCAGAAGUGGUACACCGCCACAGCGGAGCGCGACAAGAAGAAGAUGGUCAGGGAGCUGAUGCAGAUAGUGCUCGCCCGCAAACCAAAGAUGUGCAGCUUCCUCGAAUGGAGGGACCUCAAGAUCGUCUACAAAAGGUACGCCAGCCUGUAUUUCUGUUGUGCAAUCGAAGAGCAGGACAACGAGCUGAUCACACUGGAAGUCAUCCACCGCUUCGUAGAGCUUCUGGAUAAAUACUUUGGCAGUGUAUGUGAGCUGGACAUCAUCUUUAACUUUGAGAAGGCCUACUUCAUCCUCGAUGAGUUCCUGAUGGGAGGAGAGAUCCAGGAUACGUCUAAGAAGAGCGUCCUCAAAGCCAUCGAACAGGCUGACCUACUGCAGGAGGAGGACGAGUCCCCCAGGAGUGUGUUGGAGGAGAUGGGCCUGGCGUAGUACACAGCAGCCGUGUGAGAGACUAUAGAUACUAUAAGGCG